GCUGGGAGCUCACUUCCCAAGACAAUCCUGUGAUUCUGUUCACACCCAACACAAGAGCGACAACAAGCACCUGGCCAUGAAGCUGCUGGUGGUCUUCAUGCUCGCUGUCAUCCCUGUGUGCUGCUAUGCAGGUGCAGGUUGCCCUGAGUUGAAGUAUAUGAAUGACGCUGCAAUUGAUCCAGCCGUGUCUGUGGAAGAGUACGUGGAAGUCAUGCAUUCUUAUGUGGGUUUUUCCCACCUCAUGGAGGCAGUGGCAAAAAUGAAAAAAUGUUUUCUCAAGCAGUCUAAUGAAACUCUGGCCAACGUGAAAGUGAUGAUGGAGACAAUAUACAACAGUGAAAACUGUGCGAAAUAUUAG